UUAUUUUGCUCAAAUGUCUAAAUUCUAGUAGUAUUAACGGAAAUCCAUAAGCCCUCUCUCUCUCUCUCUCACACACACACACACACUCUCUCUCUCAAGGAGUGUAUCCAUACAUGCAUGGAGAAAGUUGAAUUUUCUGUUUGUUGUUUCAUAUACAUGUAUAUAUGGGAUUUCAUCUUCAUAGAUACAUAUGCAAAUAUGUUGCCCUUGAUUUGAGUGCAGACACAAUUGGCUUUGGUUUAGUAAGAGGAGGUGGUGAUACAAUGGCUUUCUCAAAGUUGUGUAGCUUAUAAUUGGAGUUGAAAAGGGUAAUUUGAGCCUUUUCAAUGGUAAAUGAUGCUGUUUGAUUGGGAUCAAUGACAUCAAUCAGCUUUUUGUGAUACUGGAGUACUUUUGAAAGUAUUUGGGAAGGGCAUGUCUGAGUCCUAUGAAGUGGGAUUGACAUUUUUGUUAAAGGACAUCAAUAAUCACAAAGAUGAAGUUUAUGAAACUCGGGACAAGGCCAGACACCUUCUAUACAGAAGAGGCUACCAGGACGGUGAUUUCAGAAAUACCUAGCGAUCUCACCAUACGAAUUAACAACAUUAAUUAUCUUCUUCACAAGUUUCCACUUCUUCCAAAGUGCGGCCUGUUACAAAGACUCUGCUCGGAUUCCGAAGAUUCCAGCAGAGUUACUCUGGAGCUUCAUGACAUUCCGGGAGGUGAAGAUGCUUUUGAGCUGUGUGCUAAGUUUUGCUAUGGGAUUACAAUCAAUCUAAGUGCCCAUAACUUUGUAUCUGCAAUUUGUGCCGCCAAGUUCCUUCGAAUGACUGAAGCUGUUGAGAAGGGAAAUUUUGUUCUCAAACUUGAGGCCUUCUUCAAUUCAUGCAUUCUUGAAGGUUGGAAGGACUCACUUGUCGCGCUCCAGAGCACCAAAAAGUUGUUUGAAUGGUCAGAAAAUCUUGGCAUUAUCAGAAGGUGCAUCGAUUCUAUUGUUGAGAAAAUACUCACCCCCACAGCAAAGGUCUCAUGGUCCUACACUUACACUAGACCAGGGUAUGCUCAAAAGCACCACCAAGUUGUCCCAAAGGAUUGGUGGACAGAGGACAUAUCUGAUCUUGACAUAGAUCUGUUCCGGUGCAUAGUCACUGCUGUUAGGUCGACAAACAUGCUGCCACCACAGCUCAUUGGCGAAGCUUUGCAUGUCUACGCCUGUCGUUGGCUACCUGACACCACAAAGAGCCAGACUCCAGAGAAUUCAGCUUCACAAACUGAAGGACUUGUGGAGAAAAACCGGCGAGUUCUUGAGACCAUUGUGAGCAUGAUUCCUGCAGACCGAGGAUCGGUUUCAUUUGGAUUCCUGGUGAGGCUUCUCAGCAUAGCAAAUUUUCUAGGGGUUUCUCCGGUGGCGAAGUCAGAACUUGUAAGGCGAUCCAGUCUGCAGUUUGAGGAGGCAACCGUAAACGACUUGCUGCUUCCUUCAAGCUCCUCUUCAGAUGGGCAUUUCUAUGAUAUUGACUUGGUUAGGGCAGUAUUAGAAAGCUUCAUCGUGCAAUGGCGAAGACAACCCACUGGAGAACAUAGCCAUAGCCAAUCUCUGAGACCGAUUAGAAAGGUUGCAAAGCUCAUUGAUUCUUAUCUCCAAGUAGUUGCAAAAGAUGCCAACAUGCCAGUACUAAAAGUAGUGUCUCUUGCUGAAGCUUUGCCAGAUUUUGCCCGUCCUGACCACGAUGACCUUUACAAGGCCAUUAACAUUUAUCUCAAGGAGCAUCCUGAGCUGCCCAAAGCAGACAAAAAGCGCCUGUGCCGAAUCCUAGACUGCCAGAAAUUGUCCCAAGAAGUCUGUGCCCAUGUUGUGAGGAACGAGCGGCUACCACUGAGAACAGUGGUGCAGGUCCUCUUCUAUGAACAAGAGAGAGGAGGCAGGGCAACAAGUCAUAAACUACCACAUCAAGAGCUGUUAUCUAGUAGACAGCGAACGCCAACUGCUGCUGAAGACCUGAGCAAGUUGAGGUUGGAUCAAGAUGAACAAUCCAGUAAAUCCGAGGGAAUCAUGAGAAGAUCCACAACUCCUGGCAGCGUCGAUAGAGGCUCUCGGAAAAUGGUGAAGCCGGAUGGAAAGAUGCAAAUGGCAGCUGAACAAAAUGUGAUGAGAAAAGAAGUCAGUGAAAUAGGGCCAGAGAUUAGAGAAGAAGGAAUUUCUGGUUGCAAGUUGGACCCGAAGAAUGUAAUACAUAGGAGAAGUAAAAUAAGCCAUAAUAAAGGCACAGCAAGGUAGCACAUUAAGACCCUCCUGUUUGUCUCUGAUCUUAAGCCAAUUGUAAAGAUCAAGAGUACUUGUUAAAUUUUCCAGACAUGUACAUACUCUUUAAAUCAUAUGAUCACCUUUUAAGUUCUUGAACCAA